AUCAAAGAAAUUAAGUGAAAUGGAGGUUGAUGACUUUAUGAAAUAUGGUUUUGAUUCAAGUGAUGAGUCGUCUUCAGAAGAAAGUCUUGAGAAAGUCGUAGUUAAACCUGAUACUAAAAUUAAAAAGAAAGAUAAGAAUGCCAAGAAAAAAAUAAAGGCAGAACCUAAAGCAACAGAGAAAUGUUUGAAACCCAAGCAGAAAACAUUAGACAGACUAAAAGAACAAGAUCCAGAAUUCUUCAAAUUUCUGCAAUCAGAAGAUAAAGAACUAUUGGAGGAUUUUGAAUCUGGCGAUGAUGAAUCUGAUGAUGAUGAUAAGGUUAAUGAUGAUGAUGACAAUGAUGAAGAAGAUGAAGAUUUAAAGAAAUUUGAGGAAGAUAUAUUAGCUCAAUCUGAUGAUGAUGAUGAGAGAGAUUCUGAUGAAGAACAGUUCCAUAAACCUCUAUCAAAAUUAGAGGUGGCCAGUGAUGAAAGUGAUGAUGAUUCUGGUGAUGAAAUGAAAGAAACAAGUCAGAUCCGAAGAGGAGAAAAACAAGUUUCAUUGACUAUGAUUAAACAGUGGAAUGAAAAUAUACAGAAACAACCAACUAUUGGUGUAUUUAGAGAAAUGGUUCAAGCAUUUAAGGCAGCUGUUAGAUCAACAAGUAAAUCAGAUGAAGUAACAAUAUAUCAUGUUGAAGGUGGUGUUGUAUUUAAUGGUAUAGUAAAGAUGUGUUUAAUGGAAAUUGUACCAGCAUUACAACAAUUACUACAUCAACCUAAUCUUCAAUCACUAACUGAGGUACCUAGUCUCAGUAAAGGCAAAAAUUGGAGUAAGAUCAAGGCCUCCGUCAAGUCAUACCUAGUUGAUCUACUGAAGUUGAUAUCAUCAAUAUCUGAACCUGCUAUGAUUAAUGUCUUAUUAAAACAUUUACAUAAAAUGGUACCAUUAUGUUCAGUGUUUGUUAGAAUAGCUAAAAAACUUGUAAAGAAAUGUAUAGAAAUUUGGUCAACUGGUGAAGAAACAUCUCGAGUUUUAGCAUUCUUAUGUAUCAAUAAAAUGAUAGGUUUAUUAUCAGAUCAUUUACUGGAGCCCAGUUUAAAGCAAAUGUAUUUAGCCUUCGUAAAGAAUUGUAAGUUUACUUCACCUACAACUUUACCAUUGAUCAACUUUAUGCAGCUGUCUUUGGUUGAGAUAUUUCUCAUUGACUCAGUGUUGGCAUAUCAAUAUGCCUUUAUCUAUAUUCGACAGUUAGCUAUACAUCUUAGAAAUGCCAUCACAGUUAAAAAGAAGGAAACUGUACAAGCUGUAUAUAACUGGCAGUUUAUUCAUUGUAUUGGUUUAUGGGUAAAGUUACUUGGUACCUCAUCACCUAGUGAUGUCCUACAACCAUUGAUAUACCCUCUUACUCAAACUAUUAUAGGAACAGCGAAGUUACAGCCCACUAGCAAGUUUUAUCCAUUAAGCUUCCAUUGUGUACGGGCUCUCACUCUAUUAUCUGAUACGACAAACACAUACAUACCAGUUUUACCCUUUUUAUUAGAAGAUUCCAUGGGAUUAGAAGAAGGAUUGGGACCAAGUAAGAGAAUAGAUCCAGUAAACUUGAAAGAUGCAUUAACAGUUGGCUCAGAGGGCUCACUUGUGACUGGCAGAAUCUGUGAUCAACUGAAUUUUUCUUCACUGCUAGCAACUGAAGCAUCAUCCAAGAGAAAUUGA